GCACCCGGUGAUGUCAGCCCUGUGUGAGCAGCCAGGGCGGGAGGAGGAAAAAGAGCUUCUGAGCCCUGCCGACCAGUGCGAGGGGAACAAAGCUGGCUCCUCAGGACCUUGUGGGUGUCCGGGCGCUGGAGUGGCUCCCGGAGACACGGGGCGUGUCUCUGUGGGGACCUGAGCUGGCCCCUGGGAUCCCAGCGCACUGCCCCGGGCGGGCGGAGACGGCGACCCCGGGCUCCACGUGCUCCGCGCGCGCGGGGGUUUCCGAGUCCUCGGGGCGCGGCCGGAAGUAGAAGUCUGCGCGGCAGCCGCCGCUUCAGCGACUGCGGCGCCCGGCCCAGCGCCGUCACCCGCCCCUAGUCAGUCCGGGGCCUCCGAGGCAGCGCCGCUGCAAGAUCCCGAGCCUCCUUCCGCCGCGUCGCCCGAGCGCCCACCUCUCCGAUGGGGCCGCCGCCGCCCCGCAUCGCGGCCGCGCUGCUCUGGGGCUUCCUGCUCCCGCUGACAGCUGCUCAAGAGGCGAUCCUACAUGCAUCUGGAAAUGACAGCUCUCGAUCUAAGGACUACUGCGUGCUCUACAACCCCGACUGGUCGCCUCUCCCACGCACCCUAGAAAAUGCAACUUCCCUUAGUUUGAUGAAUCUCACUACCACACCACUGUGCAAACUUUCCGAUAUCCCUCCUGAAGGAAUAAGAAACAAAGCAGUUGUGGUGCAGUGGGGCACCUGUCAUGUUCUUGAAAAAGCCAAAAUCGCACAAACAGCAGGUGCUGAAGCAUUGCUGGUUGCUAAUAACAGUGUUCUGUUUUAUCCCUCGGGAAACAAGUCUAAAUUUCAUGAUGUGAAUAUUCAGAUUACAUUUAUAAAGUACAAGGAUAUUAAAGACAUGAAACAGACUCUUGGAAAUAACAUUACCGUGAAAAUGUAUUCUCCACGGUGGCCUGACUUUGACUAUACCAUGGUGGUCAUUUUUGCCAUUGCUGUGUCCACUGUGGCACUAGGUGGAUACUGGAGUGGACUCAUUGAAUUGGAGACUAUGAAGACGGUGACAAGCACUGAAGAUAGAGAAAUAAGGAGAAAGAAGGAAGAAUACUUAACUUUCAACCCUCUGACAGUUGUGAUGUUUGUGGUCAUCUGUUGUGUUAUGAUGGUCUUACUUUACUUCUUCUACAAAUGGUUGGUUUAUGUGAUGAUAGCAAUUUUCUGCAUUGCAUCGAUAAUGAGUCUAUACAACUGUCUUGCUGCACUAAUCCGCAAGAUUCCAUGUGGACAGUGCACGAUUAUGUGUCGUGAUAGAACCAUAGAAGUGAGGCUCAUUUUUCUUGCUGCACUGUGUAUAGCAGUAUCUGUUGUGUGGGCUGUAUUUCGAAAUGAAGACAGGUGGGCUUGGAUUUUGCAAGAUAUUUUGGGAAUUUCUUUCUGUCUAAAUCUAAUUAAAACAUUGAAGUUGCCCAACUUCAAGUCAUGCGUGAUACUUCUAGGCCUUCUCCUCCUCUAUGAUGUAUUUUUUGUUUUCAUAACACCAUUCAUCACAAAGAAUGGUGAGAGUAUCAUGGUUGAGCUUGCAGCUGGACCUUUUGGAAAUAAUGAAAAGAAUGAUGGAAACUUGGUGGAAGCCACUGCUCAACCCUCAGCUCCCCAUGAGAAAUUGCCAGUAGUCAUCAAAGUGCCAAAGCUGGCCUUUUUUUCAGUAAUGAAUGUGUGCCUCAUGCCGGUUUCAAUAUUGGGCUUUGGAGACAUUAUUGUCCCAGGCCUGUUGAUUGCAUACUGCAGAAGAUUUGAUGUUCAGACUGGCUCUUCUUCUAUAUACUAUGUGUCCUCCACAAUUGCCUAUGCUGUUGGCAUGAUUCUUACCUUUGUUGUUCUGGUGCUGAUGAAAAAGGGGCAGCCUGCUCUCCUCUAUUUAGUACCUUGCACACUUAUUACUGCCUCGAUUAUCGCUUGGAGACGCAAGGAAAUGAAAAAGUUCUGGAAAGGCAACAACUAUCAGAUGAUGGAUCAUUUGGACUAUGCAACAAAUGAAGAAGGUCCUGUGGCUUCUGGUGAACAGAGCGGCUCGCAAUAAUAUGAUGUGAACCUCCAAAUAUGUGUCCAUUGAUUUUAUACAAACAGAGUUUGACUUUUGAAAUUUGAAAUCUGAAUUGACAAUCCUAUAAAAUCUUCAAUUAUCAAUCUUCCAGUUUGCUUAGAAAAUAUAUAUAUUUUUAUGAGCUGGUAAUGACAGUUACAUCAUAAAUAACUGAAAUAGUUUACUUUCUACUAUGUUAAACUUGUGCCUUCUACUAAAUAAAAGCAUAUGGUCUCUGUAAUUUUCAAAAUG